GCGCAGAUUUUCACCCCGGGCCGUCUCCGCGGAGCGGGGUUAGCGGCAAUAACGUCACACAGUGAGCCCGGAGCGAGGCUCCUCGGAGCCCCGCUGCCGGAGCUCCAUAGGCCCGCGGCGGGCUCCGCGCUGCCCGGGGAGGAGCCGCGCAGGCCGGGCCGAGCGGCGGUGGCGAGCCGGGAGGAGCGCGGCGGCUGCGGGGCUGCCGCUCCGUCACAGCUAACGGGCUAGCUGCUGGCGAGCACGCGCACAUGCCCGCGCUCCACAAUAACCCGGGUUAACUACCCCACGCCCCCGGUUCCUCAGCGCUAACAGGCAGAUAGCUGCAGCCGCUGCCGGAGUGCCGCUGAGCAGGAGCGUGCACGGACACCAGCGCGCGUGCCCGUCUGUGGUUUCAAUGUGGAGGAGAGACAAGAAGGUGAAGAGGGAGACCCCCAACCCUCAACCAGACAGAGAGACAGGUCACACAGUAAGACAAAGAAGCCACGCAGGGAGCGCCGUCAUGGUGACCAGGGGGCCGAGUCCGCGGCCUCAACCACCCCGUCAGCAGUUAGUGAACAGCCACAGGUGGGGGUGGAGCCACAGAGCCAGGUGGUAGAGCCAGUGGCGGGACCCUCAGACCAAGGGUCCGAGUCUGCAGGCUCUCCCAGGCAACGCCGCUCCAUCAUUCGAGACCGAGGGCCAAUGUACGAUGACCCGUCACUGCCUGAAGGCUGGACCCGCAAACUGAAACAGAGAAAGUCUGGACAAUCUGCGGGGAAGUUUGAUGUCUACCUGAUCAACUCAGAGGGAAAGGCAUUUCGUUCAAAGGUGGAACUCAUUGCCUACUUUGAGAAGAUUGGUGACAAACAGACCGAUCCCAAUGAUUUUGAUUUUACCGUCACGGGGCGCGGAAGCCCAUCCCGUCGUGAAAAGCGCCCUCCCAAAAAACCAAAAGUGGUGAAACCAUCAGGACGAGGCCGAGGACGGCCCAAAGGCAGUGGAAAAAUGCGUCCGGCCACUGAGGGUGUGGCCAUGAAGCGAGUGGUUGAAAAAACUCCAGGAAAGCUGCUGGUCAAGAUGCCUCUUGGCAAGGCCGAGUCCUCCUCUGGGACCACUUCAAAGGUGGUGUCUCCUACCGCAGUGCCCAAGUCCCGGCCAGGCAGAAAGAGAAAAUCAGAACAGGAACUUCCACCUCCACCCAAGGCUGCUCCCAAAAAACGAGGAAGAAAACCAGGAUCAACCUCUGCAACAUCAUCAGUCACUGCUGCAUCCACGUCUUCAACCACAGCCUCUGGUAGCUCAACAGCUGGAAGCUACACUGCAGCUGCCAUUAUGGUGGCUGAAGCCAAACGGAGAGCGGCUAAGGAGUCUUCCACUAAACCUGUUGUCCAGGAAACAGCUCUGCCAAUUAAAAAGCGCAAAACAAGAGAAACUGUGGAAGAGAUGGAGAGUGUUCAGGCUCCACUGGUUACACCUCCUGAGACUGGAAGCACUGGUGCAGCACAGGAAAAGGGAGGAAAGGUGGAGGGAGGUCCAAGCUCAGACCCAAACCCUACAUCCACUGUAGGAAGCCAGUCAGAGAAGGAACCCUCUGCUUCAGAUGAGAGCCAAUCCCAUGGACACAAGUCACAUAAGUGCCAGAAGCACAAGGAAAAAAGAGAAUCUGGAGAUGAAGGAAGCAAAGGCAAGGAUGUUGGUGAAGAUGAAGGAGGGGGUGGAAGGAGUAGCAGCAGUAGUAGCAUCAUCCCUUCAAAAAGCCACAAAAGGAAGGAACGACCACCUCAUAAACACCAUCAUCACCACCACCAUCAUCAUCGCCACCAACAGUCCUCUGGCUCACCAUUACAUCACCCGGUUCCUCCUCUAACAGUUUCCGAAUCACCUCCUAGCCAACCCAGGCCUGAAGCUGAUCCCCAGACUGUGCCUCAUCAAACACCUGAAAAAAAGGUUCCCCCCAAACCACACCAAAGGUCUGUGCCUCAGCCCCCUGUUUCUCCACCACACCACCAGCCCCAUUCCUGUCCUCAUACCUCGUUACCCAGUCCAUCACAAGCCCACCAGUCAUCCCCCACCAGACAUUUACUGCCUGAGGCACGGUCCCUACCACCCCAAAUCCAAACCCUCAGUCACCCAUUGCCCACCAACCAGUCAGCCCAGUCACUCUCCACAGCCCAGCACCAAAGCCACCAUCAGACUGUACAUGAUCCACCUAAGUCCCCACCUAUUCUGCAUGCUCAGCCAUCUCAAACUAGGCAUUCACAAUCACAGGUCCAGUCCUCCACAGGACUCCAGCCUCAGAUCCAGCCUAGACAUUUGCCUCAUAUCCAGUCUCAGAUUAAACUAUCCCACCCUCAGACCUCAGUUCAGCCCCAACUGCAACCCCGGCCAAGAAUUCAAACACAAUCUCAGUCACAAUCCCAAACCAAGACACCACCCAAACUUCAGUCUCAAUCACAGGCAAGAAUAGAGAUGCAACCACAGACUCAAUCCCAAGACAGAUUACCUACACAAGUCCAGAGUCAACCCCAGACUAGAACACCAACACAAGUCCAGAGUCAACCCCAGACUAGAACACCAACACAAGUCCAGAGUCAACCCCAGACUAGAACACCUACACAAGUCCAGAGUCAACCCCAGACUAGAACACCAACACAAGUCCAGAGUCAACCCCAGACUAGAACACCAACACAAGUCCAGAGUCAACCCCAGACUAGAACACCAACACAAGUCCAGAGUCAACCACAGACUAGAACACCAACACAAGUCCAGAGUCAACCCCAGACUAGAACACCUACACAAGUCCAGAGUCAACCACAGACUAGAACACCAACACAAGUCCAGAGUCAACCCCAGACUAGAACACCAACACAAGUCCAGAGUCAACCACAGACCAGGGUCCCAACUCAACACCAGACAAGGAUUCCAACACAAAAUCAAAGCCAACUACAGACAAAGGUUCCAGCUCAACCUCAUCUUCAGUUGCAAUCUGGCCUUCAGGUACUGCCUCAAACACGUAUGAGACAGACCUCGCAACAUCAUGUCCCAAAUCCACAUAGAGCCCCACCCAGUCAAUCUCCCACCCAGCCUAGGCCACCCAUUCCCCAAUCCCAAACACAUCCACACUUUCAAAGCUUUCAAACCCCGUUCCGUCCCCAGUCCCUCUCUCAACACACAAGGCUACAUGCGCAGAACCUUGUUUCUCACAGACCGUCAUCAUCCAGCCACGCCCAUCCCAAUCCCAUCCCUGCUCAGCAGAACCAGAGUGAGCAGCCACAGGACCUGAGCACCACACGGCCUACCCUAGAGACCCAGUUCCCAAGAAGAGACGCCAGCAUGGAGGACAUCAGGAUGGAGGGAAGAGGAGAGCUGCUCUCAGCAUCAGAUACCAGGGAAGUUUUAGGAGGUGAAAGAGGGUCAAACAGCACAUCAAGACCUUCCAGCUCUGUGCCACCUGGACCUCCUGGAGUAGCAGGGUCCAGUCUUGUGCCUGGAGCAGACGGUAGAGCUCGACUUAGGGUGGAGCCAGAGGCAGCAGGUGACAACAAGGAGCUCAGAGACAUUGUCCCACAGUCCACCGUUCCCCGUCCCAGUUGUGAGGAAACCGUAGAGUCACGAACUGCUGUCAGUGAAAGGGUCAGCUGAUUGGUUGGUCAGGUGGAAGGCAAGCUGAUUGGUGACCUUAUAGACGAGUCAACCCCAGAUGGAGGAGUUUGGCUGCGCUGUUCCUGGAGCUGUAUGGACCUCACUCUGUUUUCAAACAGAAGCUGGAAGAACCGUCGCAGCUUCUACUGUCGGAUUCUGUCUGGAGACUUUGUGAAGUUGUAGAAAGUACAGCCAGUUUGGGCUGAAGGACAGAUCGAGAGGGGAAUGAAUAGAGUCUUUUUCUAGAACAAAACAACUGAAAAGGAGAAACAAGAAAAAGUGUGUGUGUAUAUAACCUAAAGGCAGCUGUUGCAUCCUGUUAGUCUCCAUAUGGAGGUGGGGAGUAGUUUGGAACUAAAACCCGUCGCUUAACAACACAUUACUCUGAUAAAAUGUUGCUUCCGGAAUAUAACCUGUUUUUUAUUUAGUAGUUGAUUGUUUUGUCUUUGUUAUACAGCUUUAAGAAGUAAUAUUACCAACAGCCCUGACUCUAACAUGGCCCACGGUGACUGACAGUCCUUUCCUCAAACCAGUCCUUGACUGAAAGUCUACGAGGCAAUGCGGCGCGGCGGUUUGCACCUUAAAUUGGUUUCUUAAAAAUUUCUCCUCUUUAUUUUCCAAAGUUUUCCAUGAAACCCUAAAAAGCAGAGGCUUUCUUUUACUGUUCUCAGUUCUUGAGCUUACUCUUGCCUCUCGCCAUUUUGCCUGAGAUCAAAAGUGUUAAAGUUCUCAGUCCUCUUCCAGAUUUCCUCAGACGCGUCAUGAAUCUGGAUCUAGCUGGAACCCCGACGGCCUGAUUCAGAAGCAUUUUAACAGCUGGAGGAGUUCAUGGUUCCUCUCAGCUGAUUUAGGAUCUGAUGAAUCCAGCCGAUAAAAAAAGCUGCUCAUUGGUGUUUCAACAUUUCCAGUUCAACCAGUUCUUCCAGGAAUUUUCCUAAACUGGUCUUCAUGAACUUGUAUGUUUCUCUCAAAUUCUGUUUCUACCGUAAGCACUUUUGAUAUCAAACCAAACCCAUGCCUACAGUAGCUUUGUUUGAGUUCUUUUGAUAAUGAAUGUGUGGGAAAGGACCCAUUCUAAAUGUGUCUUUACAUCAGAUGUCUGGAACAGUUUGCACAUCUCAACUUCAUACAAUCAACCCCCUGCAUGUCACUCAGAGACCCUGCAGGCCUUCAACCGGGGCCCGCGUUCGCAGAGGCCAACCUGGCUCAGGUUCACCGUCCAGGUCUAACCAGGAAAGGUGAUCCAAAUGGAUCCGGCUGUGCAGAGAGGACAGAAUUGUGGGCUUUUCCCUCCAGGUCUGAGAGUCACAGUUAGGAGAUGUCAGGAGGCUUUGAGCACUGCAGUCAUGAUGUGUUGAAGUGGUCUGAUCAGUUCCUGUUGCUGAUGAUGCAGGCACUCAUUACACUGAGAUUUCUUGCCACCUUUACCACUGAAUCCACAAGGUGUUUCAGGCAUUCCUAAGGAAACCAUAGAUGGUAUCAGAAGGAAAUGUUUGGCUAGUUCUUGCUGGUUUAGAGUCUGACCAACAGCCCAGUCUCACCACUAAGGACACCCAGCAACACCUUCAGUUCAAUCAUCUCUAUUGCUGUUACUCCAACUGCACCAAGUUCACCAGGAACGUCUAACACCUCCAGACUGAAAACAGACGUUGUGAGAUGCCACUCUCUGUUUCCAUCAAUGUUUUUUCAUGCCCGUUUUGAAGUGUUGCUUUAGAAAAGGUUGAUGGAAAUGGUAACAUUUAAAAUAACUUCCUCAAUUUCACAAACAACUUUUUACGCUCUCAUAAGGUGAUUUUUGGCUCUUCCCAAACAGAACUAAUGCGCUAAAGGAGAGAUAGAAGCAACAAACUUUCCAUCCACAGUUUGGUUUGUGUUUUACCAGAGGCAUAAAACCCAGUGAAAUGAAAAAGUCCAGACCUCCAGCACAAAGUGGAGGACUAUAGUUUUCUGAGCUGUGCUGUCCAUGCUAGUUUAUAACUUCUACUUGUUCUUAUUCGUGCCAUGCGUAGUGACAACAUCUGAAGAAAUAACGCUUUGUGUAACUCGGGUGCUUGAGUCCCGUCCUCCGUCGGCUACAUCUGUAUCCGUCGGCUACAUCUGUAUCCGUCGGCUACAUCUGUAUCCGUCGGCUACAUCUGUAUCCGUCGGCUACAUCUGUAUCCGUCGGCUACAUCUGUAUCCGUCGGCUACAUCUGUAUCCGUCGGCUACAUCUGUAUCCGUCGGAUACAUCCUCACUCCAACAGACCGGCUCUGAACAGGCCUGGUAACCAGCCAGUCGAUAGAUUCAGGUGUGCUGCAGCAGGGAAGCGUCUGAAAGCUGCAGGCCGGCUCUGGACGACUGGACUUGAGCGCGCCUGAAUGAUUCAGGGCUAAUUUGUUUUCUUCUUCUAUGUUGCAACACUUUCUAAGUUUGCUUACAAUUUGCAUGAUGUAAUUCCCCAUCGCGCCACAUAGACGUUCCUCAAAUGUAAUCAUGUAGAUACUGGACAGUGGAAGUGAAGCAGUCGAAGCAAAAUAUCCACAUUUCUGUCUGAAUUAACGUCUGACCACAGAGCUCUGGGAAAAUACUUUGACCUGACGUUGAGAAGGAGGAAGACAUCUUUGUUUACAAGAUGACACAAUUUUGGUCAGGCGUCUACAUCGGUGAGAGCUGGUUUUGGCUCUUGGCUGAAGCGUGUGGGCCCUCAGCGUGUCUCUGAGGGGUUAUGCUGUAGAAUCGUCACGCAGAAACCAACACGUCUUCAGGAAGUCAACAGAUGACCUGUGACCUGCCGGAGCUUCCUGUUAGGGUUCUGUGACUCUCUGACCUGAUCCUCCCAGUCUCUCUUGGUUCUGGAUCCAGUAACCCGGCUCGCUGUGAGCCCCGUUAGCGCAGCCCGGCCUCUGCGUGCGCGCCGCCACCUGCUCAGAGCAGCGAACCCAUCAUCAGCUGCACGCCACCGCAGAAACGUUCCUCUCUGAUUGGACCCGCUCCACUGACUCGACCCAGCACAAUCUACAGUAACCAGCCACCAUAUUGCAUGUUCCAGAGUUUAGUGCCUAUAUUAAUAAUAAUAAUAAUAAUAUUGUGUGUCUUGCCAGAAGCCACCAUGUCAGCCGAGCCAUGUUGUGUUUCUAGACAUUAGUAGUAAUGUGUGUGGUGACUUCAUAGUUGCUAAUAUUGAGGAUGAAUAUUCUGCUUUUACUCUGGUUGGAAUUCAGUGAAACUCCAGAAAACACCGUCGCUGUAGAAGAAACUAGUUUUUACCUGUUUUCUUAUUUUUGUUUCUAACUAAAACCAUUUGUUGUCCCUGA